AUGCUGCUUUCACGUAUCGCCUCAAACUCCGGCCCUUCCUUUGCUCGUUCCAUGUCUAACCAAGUCGUCAUCGUCGCUGCUUCUCGUACCCCUGUCGGUUCCUUAAAUGGUUCCCUCAAAUCGUUUACCGCGCCUCAGCUCGGAACAUUCGCUCUCAAGCAUGCUCUUAGUUCCAAGAACAUCGAUCCUGCCUUUGUCGAGGAGGUGUACUUUGGCAAUGUCGUCCAAGCUGGUGUUGGCCAGUCACCCGCACGCCAAGUCGCUCUCGCUUCAGGCUUGAAGUCUACUUCCGAUGCUACCACCAUCAACAAGGUAUGCGCAAGCGGUAUGAAGUCUAUCAUACUCGCUGCCCAGAGCAUCAAACUCGGCGACAAUUCCGUCGUCGCUGCCGGUGGAAUGGAAAGCAUGAGCAACGCUCCCUUCCUCUUGCCCCGACAAAACCCUGCAUUCGGCAAGUUCACUGCGCGCGAUUCACUUGAAAAUGACGGCCUCUGGGAUGUCUACAACAAUUUUGCGAUGGGUAAUUGCGGUGAAGUGGCUGCCGAGAAGCAUGGUAUUUCGCGUCAGUCUCUUGAUGAACAUGCCAUCGAGUCGUACAAGCGUGCUGCCCGCGCUUGGAAAGAGGGCGCCUUUGAUGCUGAAAUCGUUCCAAUCACCGUCAAGGGGAAGAAGGGUGACACCAUCGUCAGGGAGGAUGAGGAAUACAGCAGAGUCAUCUUUGACAAAGUUCCUACUCUCAAAUCUGCUUUCAAGCAAGGUGGUGUGAUCACUGCCGCCAACUCGUCUCCUCUCAGCGAUGGUGCAUCGGCAUUAGUGUUGAUGUCGGCUGAAAAGGCAAAGGAGCUUGGCGUAACACCUCUGGCCAAGGUCAUCUCAUGGGCGGACGCCGGUGUCGAUCCGAUCGACUUCCCUGAGGCUCCUACCGUUGCCCUCCCAAAAGCAUUAGAAAAAGCUAAUCUGACACUCGACGACAUAUCACUGUUUGAGCUCAACGAAGCCUUUUCUGUGGUUGUCCGCAUCGCAGAAAAGACCUUCAACCUUGACCCCGCAAAGAUCAAUGUUAACGGUGGAGCUGUUGCUCUUGGUCAUGCCAUCGGAAACUCUGGUUCGCGUAUCGUUAUUUCGCUCGUUCACGCCCUCAAGUCUGGCCAAUACGGUGCCGCGGGUAUUUGCAAUGGGGGUGGAGCCGCAUCAGCAAUCGUCGUACAAAAGUUGUAA